UAAUAUCCCCCCCUACCAAAAAAUUCCUAGGCACCAGUCGUGUUGGUCUUCCCAGCAAUCCGAGUAGUCGCAAAAGUUCCGUUUUCGAUUUGUCACAACAACAGCAACAAUUACCCAUGGGUUUGGGCAACGCGGCAACAAGUCCACCCUCCGACGAUGAGUCCAAAACAAACUUUCCACCCCGCUGGAAGGGUAGCGGUGGCAAUAUGUUACCGGCAACUCCGAAACAAGCCCUCUCCAUGCUUAAGCAAGCCUCAUCGGCCACAAAUGUUUCCGAAAGACAAUACUAUUUGGGAUCACAACUCACCGACAGUCCACAGAAUAUGCGCAAGGGCAGUGUAUACAAUUUGAGACCCGACGACAGUCCACAACGCAAGUCGAGUAUUUAUGCCAUGAAUGCGGGCGAGACGCUAGCACCACGACAGCAGCGUAAGGGCAGCAUGUAUGUGGCAUCGUCAAGCAGCGGUACGGGAACUGCCCCAAAUGCCGGUUCAAGUCUAAUGGUACAUGAACCGCUACGCAAGAAUAGCAUAAUGGCUCCGUCCACACCCGACAGCCCGUCCAUGUCCCGCAAAUCGAGUGUUGUUCCCUCGAACUCCAGUGCAAAAUCCUACAAAAGUCUGUCGGAUUCGUCGAGUAAUUUAUCGACAACGGUUUCUUCAUCGCUCAGCGCCACCUCGACCAGUUAUGGUCUACAAUUGGGACCCGGGCAAAUUCACCCGAAAGGUUAUCGUCUCACAAUGGAACGUCAUGGUGAAUUGAGAAUGGGCUUUAGCAAGGUUAAGGGUUACGUAGAAGUGGAGUUAAUUUGUGCCCGAAAAAUAGUACCCGUGGACUGUGAAACACCACCCGAUACGUAUGUGAAAUGCUACAUCAAGGACGGGGAUCGUUUGCGGCACAAAAAGAAAACUCGAGUGGUAAGGCAUUCAGCGGAACCCAUUUACAAGCAGACGAUUAAAUAUCAGUGUUCGGAUGUAUUCGGUCGCAAUAUUGUCAUCAUGGUGUGGCAGCGUUGUGUUGGCUUCGAACACAAUCAAGGCCUCGGUGGCACCGAAGUCAAUCUGGAUAAGCUAAAUAUGGACGAACAUGUCAACGGCUGGUAUCCGCUGUUUCCGAUGCACUCAUUCGGCGGUUCAGAUUCGGAUAAUUCUCCUUGACCGAUCACGCCCAAUCAUCAAUAUAAUUCAUGCGACAGCAUCACUGGCACCGGUCUCUUCAGCAAUCAAAUGGCGGCAGCAACUUUGAAAGCUGUUACCACACCAUUGCGAUUGACAGAGGAUACAUCGCCGACAGAAUCGGCUCCAACAAAGAAACAUUUAAUGGUAACCGCAACACCAUCUCCAACCACAACAACAGCCGGAGCUGCAACAGCAACAAUUAUUGCAACAACACCAAUAGAAUAUAAGACACCGGAAAAGACGGACAUUGUCCGGGAUUUGUUGGUAUUUUUUAAGAAACUCUUUAAAUGUAAGAAUGUCAGUGUGAACAACAAUAAGGAGAUGCAUUUCGCCAAUGGCACAGCACAGCAGGGUGAAUAUAUCUAGAGGAUGCAAAUAUUUUGUAUGUAAAACAUUUUCAAAAUCCCACAAAAAAAUACAAUUUACAUAAAUCUGCAAGAAAUA